CGGAGCUCAACCGAAACGAAACGGCCGGGUAGCCACCCCCCUCAGUGAUCGCGGCCUGGCAUCGUUAACUUGGGCCCCGCUGGCCCGCCGUCGACAUCUUGCCCAGCCACCAACGCCGUCAGGCCUUGGCCCCUCCCCCACCGGCUACACACGGCACACCAAGCAGACCCUGCCACUGUGCGGCGGUGACCCUAGCCUCACAUAAAGCAAGGCGUGAGCGGGUGCUGAUGGUCCUUGCUCUGCUUUGGGCACGGAAUGGGGCUGUAGGAGUGAUUGACUGACUGACAAUCAGGAAAGGGAGGGAGUCACGCUGGUGGCCGCGAACGCUGUUUGGGUGGCGGGGCCGGCGCCGCUGUGUUGAGUCGGAGUCUGCGCUGCAUAUGCUGUGAGCCGAGCCCUCCUAGAGCCGCCAUAUUGCCCGGGACUCUGACGCUCAGUCUUUGCUGGUGCUGCUAUCUCCGUCGCGACUUUGCUCCUAGACGCAGUACGGAUUUCUUUUUCCUCUUCUAAAGGCAGUUUCGUAGGUUUCUCGCUGGUGGCCUUGCCAGUGCAGCCCCCCGCCCCCGCAUCUCCUAUUCUAUUCCCUUCUCCAGGGAUUGAAGGUAUCCGAUUUCCCGGAUGAGGUAGAACAGCCUGGAGGCCUAGCUCAGCCUAACGAAACUACAGGACGAGAAAAGCGUCGGUCCACUUGGGCCUCGCAACUCAACACCGGCAACUGGCGGUCGCCGAAAAGCUAGUGACGCAAAACUAAAAUAAUACAAGAAAAGGUCGCACGCAGUCAGGAAAGCGACACGGGACCGCUUCGUGCAAAAGCCGGCUUCUCUAACAGCCACCGCCACUCGGAUUUUCCUAGGGAUGAGACGCAGCCCCGUUGGUUGCGGCGGCGGCUUGUGCCGCCUGGGAUGAGAAACUCUUCGGCCACACCCGCCGCAGCCUCCUCCUCCCUGCAUCGCCAUCAGCAGCGGCGCCCGGGAGCAGAGCGGGCCUCGGCAUUAGAACCAAGAAUAGCAGCAGGAAAAGGCGACGCUUUGUGGGGUUGUGUAUACGCAUUCAGUUUUUGCAAUUACCAUUUCUCUAGUUGAGACCAGUGGGACUCAGGCUAAUUGAGACGUGGAUCCAAAACACCACUAGCUGAAAAUUAUGCAAUGGUCUCUGCAAAAUGGCUUGUUCUUGAGUUGGAGCUUUUUAAAACAGAUCUACACUGGUACUUCAACUUUAUUAAGCCGACUAUAAGUUUUUCUCUCUCAACAACUACAUAAACAGACAAAAUUGCAAAAAUCUGCCCUGUUUCGAGUAUGACAGCCACAACUCGUGGCUCUCCAGUAGGAGGGAAUGACAGCCAGGGACAGGCUCCUGAUGGACAGUCCCAGCCUCCUAUCCAGCAGAAUCAGACUUCUUCACCUGAUUCUUCAAAUGAGAAUUCCCCAGCUACUCCCCCUGAUGAACAGGGUCAAGGUGAUGCCCCACCACAACUUGAAGAUGAAGAGCCUGCAUUUCCACACACUGACUUGGCAAAAUUGGAUGACAUGAUCAACAGACCUCGAUGGGUUGUUCCUGUGUUGCCUAAGGGGGAGUUAGAAGUUCUUCUAGAAGCUGCUAUUGAGCUUAGUAAAAAGGGUCUUGAUGUUAAAAGUGAGGCCUGUCAACGAUUUUUCCGAGAUGGGUUAACAAUUUCUUUCACAAAAAUACUUACAGAUGAGGCAGUGAGUGGCUGGAAAUUUGAAAUUCAUAGAUGUAUCAUUAACAACACCCAUCGCCUAGUAGAACUUUGUGUGGCAAAGCUGGCCCAAGAUUGGUUUCCUCUUCUUGAACUUCUUGCAAUGGCCUUAAAUCCUCAUUGCAAAUUCCAUCUUUAUAAUGGUACACGUCCCUCAGAAACUGUUCCUGCUGGAGCUCAGCUAGCUGAAGAUGAACUUUAUGCUCGUCCUCCAGACCCAAGGUCACCAAAGGGUUGGUUAGUAGAUCUCAUCAACAAGUUUGGCACCUUAAAUGGAUUUCAAAUCCUACAUGAUCGUUUUAUGAGUGGAUCAGCACUGAAUGUUCAGAUUAUUGCAGCUCUCAUCAAACCAUUUGGACAAUGCUAUGAGUUUCUAACACUGCAUACAGUGAAGAAAUACUUCCUUCCAAUUAUAGAAAUGGUCCCACAGUUUUUAGAGAACUUAACUGAUGAUGAACUGAAGAAAGAAGCUAAGAAUGAAGCCAAAAAUGAUGCUUUGUCAAUGAUCAUAAAAUCUCUGAAGAACUUAGCCUCAAGAGUUCCAGGACAAGAGGAAACAGUUAAAAACUUAGAAAUAUUUAGAUUAAAAAUGAUACUUAGGUUAUUACAAAUUUCAUCUUUCAAUGGAAAAAUGAAUGCACUAAAUGAAGUUAACAAAGUGAUAUCUAGUGUCUCCUAUUACACCCAUCGACAUGGCAAUCCUGAAGAGGAGGAAUGGCUUACAGCAGAAAGGAUGGCAGAAUGGAUCCAGCAAAACAACAUUUUAUCAAUUGUGUUGAGAGAUAGUCUACAUCAGCCUCAGUAUGUAGAAAAGUUAGAGAAAAUUCUUCGUUUUGUCAUCAAAGAAAAGGCCUUAACCUUGCAAGAUCUUGACAACAUUUGGGCUGCCCAGGCAGGAAAACAUGAAGCCAUUGUGAAAAAUGUGCAUGAUCUUCUUGCAAAAUUGGCCUGGGAUUUCUCUCCUGAACAACUUGACCAUUUGUUUGAUUGCUUUAAGGUAUCGGAGUCCAUCAAACAGUCCAAGUCAUACACAGAUAAGACAGUCAUCGACGUCUCUCAGUAA